AUGGCCUCCGUCCGUCCCAUGGUCGCCUCCGACCUCUUCAAACUCAGUACCUGCAACCUCGACCACCUCACCGAGACGUACGGCGUGAAUUUCUACCUGGACUACCUCACCAAAUGGCCGGAGCUGUGUCGGGUGCUGGAGGGACAGGAUGGGCAGAUUGAAGGAUAUAUCCUCGGCAAACUCGAAGCCUCCCCCUAUCCCCCACCCCACCCCCCCUAUGACCCGUCCACCAACCCCAACCCAAACUACCUCCCGUGGCACGGGCACAUCACGGCGUUGACAGUGGCCCCCGGGGCGCGGCGGCUGCGGUAUGCGACGAAGCUGACGGAGAGCCUGGAGCGACAGAGCGAGGCGGCGGAGGCGUGGUUCGUGGAUUUGUUUGUCAGGGAGGAGAAUCGGAGUGCGCAGGAGCUGUAUCGGAAGAUGGGGUACUCGGUCUAUAGGCGAGUGGUGGGGUACUACAAUGAUGAUGCCGAUGCAUUUGACAUGCGGAAACCGCUGUCGAGGGAUAAGGGCCAGAAACACGUUCGAGCGAACGGGGAGAACAUCCAUGUGGAUCCGUCCGAGGUGUGGUGA